AUGUCUGGACGCCAGAAUAGAAGACGAGGAGAACAAGUCGCCGCAAUCGUUAGCCUCCUGGGCCAAGCGCUUGGACUGGACAGCAAGCAGAAGAGGAAGAAACCUGUACAAUGCUUCCGCUGUCAGAAGUUGGGACACUUCGCCGCGGACUGUACAGGAAGACUCGCGUGUUCGAAGUGUGCAAAGUCGCACCUCACACGCGACUGUACGAAGCCCAGGGAAGCCGCUGCUACAUGUUGUAAUUGCGGAGGUUCUCACGCCGUCAACCACCGUGGCUGCAGUUACCUCAAGAGCUGUCGUCGCGGGAAGGAGCGGCACAUACACCGACGGCGAAUUACUGCGCAAGAAGAGGUGACAAGAAAUCAAGAUGCUCUGUCCGCGCAUCGCGCCACUGGCACUUCUGCCGGUGCUGGCGCGAGUGGAGGGCCGCGAUGCUGCAACCCCUACAGCAUUCACAAGAUCGACGAUGCUGUUGCCAACGCAGUUGCUGCUCUCAAGUCUGCCAUGGCAGCGGAGAGCGCUGCACCUCAGGCCGAGGUGGACGAGGUACGCCUCCAGCUCGCGCAGCUCCGCGAGUUGCUGGCCAGCAAAUCUCGCAAGGGGCGAGAUGUUACGACUGCCACCAUCGCCACGCAGACGGACGCUCUCCCGGCUCAUGCGGUAACGCAGUAUGCUGUGGGGACGCCCAUGGAUGUGGCAAACGAGAUGAUUGCCCCCUCCUCGAAGGAGGAGGACCGGCGGAAACAAGAUUCCGAGCCAGCUCCACCAGCAAUGCGAGAUGACGUGACCAAAGGCAUCGAAACGUCCGCCCGACCUUCCGAAGACAAGGCGGGACUGCCGCUGCUGGGAGAUGAAGUCACAACUGCUGCGCCCAUCCAAGAACAGGACACAGAAGAUGGAGUCCACACGCCGCCAGCAGAGACAGAGAUCACUGCGCCAGAACUGCUGAAGAUGGUCGCAAAAUCAUUGCGUAACAAGACGUUCGCGCAUCUCAAUACACCGUACCUCUUACCGCCUCCAAUGUUUCUAAACCACCUCUACCCCAUAAGCCUUAUGAUUUCGGCUGGGCAAUUGCAAAUCUGA